GAGGGACGCAGGGCACUGCAGAGUCCAGGGCAAGUUGGGGUCAGGGUGGCAUCCGGUGCUCCUCGGGCCUCCUUUGGACAGCUGAGAAGAACUUCCACCCAGCUUAGGACUGCUGAGGGCUGGCUCUCAGGAGCCAUGAGUACAGAGGGCCCCAGCCCCCUCAGCUUCCUCACAGCUCCUGUCACUCCAGGGAGUCCCUUGGCGGCAGCUGGCCCUCUCCCAAUGCUCAUUGCUCUGGCCUGCAUCUUCCUUCUCCUGGCCACCUGCCUGCUGUUCAUGACCCUCUGCAAACCGACCUCACUGGACCCGAGGCGCCAGGCUCGCGAGUGCAUGCCCCACCACCCCGUGAGCUCCAGUGAGCCCCAGCUCCGGCUCUGGAAACGCCUGGGCUCCCUGCGCUGCUCCCUGCAUAGCUUCCGCCGUGGCCGGCCUCCUCCUCCACGCCCCCUGCCAGACCACGAUGACAACCAUGGCUGGGACUGCACAGAAUCCACCAAGAUGUGAUGGGGUGUCCCCCCCCCAUCUAGGAUCCACCCACAAUGCUCCUCUCUCAGACACAGCAUGGCACACAGGCUGCAAGAGGACAUAUGCUAACCCCCAGUGGUUCCCUGUGUGCCCAGGCCCAGGGCCUUUCUCAGAGACCGUCCCUGGAAGAGUAUCUUCCCUCUGCAGACAUCGCAGCUGCUCCCUGCUGAAAGAUUGCUGGAUCAAUUGUGGAGAACCUGCAGCCAUUUGGAGCUGUGGUCUGUGGCUCUGAACAGUACAACCUGGCUCCCCGGAGUCCAUCUCUGGCAACCAGGCACCUCUCAUGCCCAGGAAACAGUGCCC